AUGGCCGACAAGAUCGCGAUUGACAAGAACACUUUCUUCAACCAUCUGUCCAACUUCUAUGCAUCAUGGAAGUCCGACAAGCGCUCCGGAAAUGCUCUCUUCGGUGGCGCCGGAUCCAUCGUCAUCCUCAUGGGCAAGACCAAGAGCGAUGAGAGCUCUUUUCAAAAGAACAAUGCUAUGCAUUUCUGGCUUCUUGGCUACGAGUUCCCCGCUACCCUCUUCGUCCUGACAACCGAGGCGAUCUAUGUCGUCACAACGGUCAAGAAAGCUGAGCUUCUCGAGCCUCUGAAGGGUGGAAAGAUCCCAGUCGAGCUUCUGGUGACGACCAAGGAUCCCGAAUCGAAAACAAAGGCGUUCGAGAAAUGUCUUGAUGUUAUCAAAGGUGCCGGUAAGAAAGUCGGUACUCUACCCAAAGACACAACGACCGGUCCCUUCGCCGACGAUUGGAAGCGCGCAUUCUCGGAGAUCUCGAAGGACGUGGAGGAAGUGGACAUCACCCCGGCGCUGUCCAGCGCCUUUGCGAUCAAGGAUCCAGAAGAACUGGUUUCUAUUCGCAAUGCAUCCAGAGCAUGCAGUGGCUUGAUGUCGGGGUACUUUGUGGAGGAGAUGUCACGCCUGCUCGACGAGGAAAAGCAAAUCACUCACAAGGCUCUCGCUGCAAAGGUGGACGCCAAAAUCGAUGAUUCCAAAUUUUUCAACAAGCUGGCGCGCUUGCCAUCCGAAUUCGACGCCGAGCAAAUCGACUGGGCUUACGGACCGGUUGUGCAGAGUGGAGGGGCCUAUGAUUUGAAGUUGACAGCAACCUCUGAUGGCAACAAUCUGAAGCCAGGCAUCAUCCUGUCCAGCUUUGGAAUCCGCUACAAGACAUACAACUCGCUCAUCGGUCGUACCUACCUGGUAGAUCCUAGCAAGUCUCAGGAAGCCAACUAUGCGUUCUUGCUCAACCUCCACGAUGCGGUGAUGAAAGAGAUCCGUGAUGGUGUGGUGGCCAAGGAUCUCUACAACAAGGCGCUCAGCCUGGUCCGCUCGAAGAAGCCCGAGCUUGAGAACCACUUGACCAAGAACAUUGGUGCUGGUAUCGGUAUCGAACUUCGGGACGCGAAUAUGAUUCUCAAUGCCAAGAACACCCGAGUUCUGAAGAAUGGCAUGACGUUGGCAAUCAGCAUUGGCCUGACGGAUGUGAAGGAUACUGAUUCCAAGUCGAAAGGGAAUCAUGUCUAUUCCAUGGUGAUUACAGAUACCAUUCGUGUUGGCGAGAGCGGGCCUCACAUUUUCACAAAAGACGCCGGCAUCGACAUGGAUUCUGUCUCUUUCUACUUCGGAGAUGAGGAAGAGCCCGAAAAGCCCGUGAAGGAGAAGAAAGAAGCGAAAUCCAGCGCGAUUGCAAGCCGAAAUGUCACACGGACUAAACUGCGUGCUGAGCGGCCUACCCAGAUUAACGAGGGUGCUGAAGCGCGCCGUCGUGAGCACCAGAAAGAGCUCGCCGGUAAGAAGACAAAGGAGGGUCUGGAAAGGUUUACAGGCACCACUGGAGAUGACAACGGUGUCGCCCAAAAGAAGUUCAAGCGAUUCGAGUCCUACAAGCGUGAUAACCAGCUGCCUCCUAAGGUCAAGGACUUGACUGUCUACGUUGAUCACAAGGCCUCGACUGUCAUCGUUCCUAUCAUGGGCAGGCCAGUACCCUUCCACAUCAAUACCAUCAAGAAUGCGAGCAAGAGUGACGAGGGCGAGUAUGCGUAUCUUCGAAUCAACUUCCUCUCUCCGGGCCAGGGUGUGGGUCGAAAGGAUGAUCAGCCAUUUGAAGACCCAUCUGCUCAUUUCGUCCGCAACUUGACCCUACGAUCCAAGAACAACGAUAGACUGGCGCAAGUUGCACAGGAUAUCACUGAGCUCCGCAAGACCGCUUUGAGACGGGAGCAAGAAAAGAAGGAACUGGAAGACGUGGUCGAGCAAGACAAGCUCGUCGAAAUCAGAAAUCGACGCCCCGUGAAGCUGCCCGACGUCUACCUGCGGCCUCCUUUGGAUGGAAAGCGUGUGCCUGGAGAAGUCGAGAUUCACCAGAAUGGUCUCCGCUACCUGUCGCCUUUCCGCAGUGAGCAUGUCGACGUUCUUUUCAGCAACGUUAAGCAUCUCUUCUUCCAACCCUGUGCACAUGAGUUGAUUGUCCUUAUCCAUGUGCACCUCAAGACGCCUAUCAUGAUUGGAAAAAGAAAGACUCGGGAUGUCCAGUUCUACCGCGAGGCCACCGAGAUGCAGUUUGACGAAACUGGCAACCGCCGGCGGAAGCACCGGUAUGGCGAUGAAGAGGAGUUUGAGGCUGAGCAGGAAGAAAGACGUCGCCGGGCUGCGCUUGACCGUGAGUUCAAGGCAUUUGCCGAGAAGAUUGCAGAUGCUGGCAAGGACGAGGGUGUGGAUGUCGAUAUUCCCUUCCGAGAGAUUGGCUUCACCGGUGUCCCCAACCGUUCCAACGUCUUGAUCCAGCCGACUACGGAUGCUCUUGUGCAGCUUACUGAGCCGCCAUUCAUGGUCAUUACGCUGAAUGAGAUUGAGAUUGCCCACUUGGAGAGAGUGCAGUUCGGUCUGAAAAACUUCGAUCUUGUCUUUGUGUUCAAAGACUUCCACCGAGCUCCUGUCCACGUCAACACAAUCCCCGUUGAGGCGCUGGAGGGCGUCAAGGAUUGGCUUGACUCUGUUGACGUCGCCUACACUGAAGGUCCACUGAACCUGAACUGGACCACAAUAAUGAAGACAGUCGUGAGUGAUCCGUACGGCUUCUUUGCUGACGGUGGUUGGUCUUUCUUGGCCGCCGAAUCGGACUCGGAGGGCUCAGAGGAGGAGGAAGAGUCGGCCUUUGAGCUUUCCGACUCAGAGCUGGCCGCUGAUGAGAGCUCUGAGGAGGACAGUGAGUUUGAUGAAGACGCCAGCGCUGAUGGAAGUGAAGAGGAUUUCAGUGGCGACGAGGAGAGUGGUGAGGAUUGGGACGAGCUGGAGAAAAAAGCAAAGCGCCAGGACAAGGAGGUUAGACUGGACGAGGAUGACCGUGGUACCAAGCGCAAGCGCUAA